AUGGCCGAGCCCGACGAGCUCUACACGCUGCGGAACCGGUUCUGGCUCGGCAACUUCAGCAUGGCCAUCGCCGAGGGGAACCAGCUGUCGCGCCUGAGCGACGUGCUCGCCGUCGAGCGCGACGAGUUCGUCUACCGGUCCUACAUCGGGUUGGGCCAGUACGGCCUCGUCAUCGGCGAGGUCAACGAGGAGAGCGCCAUGCCGCUCCAGGCCGUCAAGCUCUUGGCGCAGUACCUCGAGGACCCGGCGUCGACCAAGGACAUGGUCAUCAUGACCCUGGGCGAGUGGCUCGGCGACGCGGCGUCCAAGGACCACCCCACGGUGCAGCUCGUCGCGGCCCUCGUCUACGAGAAGGAGGAUUUGAUGAAGGAGGCCUUCACGGCCAUCCGCCACGGCCAGACGAUGGAGCAACUGGCGCUCUGGGCGCAGUUCUGCCUCAAGAUCCACCGCCUGGACCUGGCCCAGGCCCACCUCAAGAAGCUGAGCGACGCCGACGAGGACGCGACGCUGACGCAGCUCGUGAGCGGCUGGGUGAACCUGGCGACGGGCGGCGAGAAGUACAAGGAGGCGGCCUACGCGUUCGAGGAAUUGAUCGACAAGUUCGAGGCCACGCUGAGCCUCCUCAACAGCCUCGCCGUGUGCAAGAUGCACCUCCGCGAGUGGGACGAGGCGGAGAAGCUGUUGCUCCAGGCCCAGUCGAAGAACGUCAACGACGCCGACACGCUCAUCAACAUGGUCACGUGCUACGCGCACAUGGGCAAGGACGAGCAGCGGCUCCAGAAGCAGAUGUACGGCCAGCACCCGAACCACCCCUACACGCUCAAGAUGAAGAAGGCCGAGGCCGAGUUCGACGUCCUCGCGAAGAAGUACGCCGACGAGGCCGGCAUCGACCCGGACGACCCGCACGGCAACGGCAACGACCCCCAGCGCAAGCCGAAGGCGUGA